CCUUCCUGACAUUUCUGGAGCUACUUCCGUUGGCGUCUGUAUUACUGCAUCAAUGAGCUCACGACAUUCAUCUCCACCAACAUCUGUGUUGUGUAUUAGUACAGCUCGAACAUUUGCAAAACACCUUCUCCAGUCUGUUCUCGCUGUCAGGCAUCUGUGCGUCAGCAAAGGAGUGACAGUUAGACCUGUUCGUCACAGGAAACUACAAGUGUCUAGUAAAUAAAGCUUCCUGCCACAGUGUGCAAUGCUAAAACACUGAGACGACCACAGCAGCAUCCCACAGUGACACUUCACCUGAAACUGAGCUCAACUACUGCUCCUCAGCUCCUCAAGAAAACUAGCCUCUCAUCUUUACGGAUAUCACUCCAAAUAGCUUUCUAACUUGGCCAUCUGAGUUUUCAGGCCUUUUGCACACGUUCGUAAGCAGACGCGCAGGUGAGGGGAUCGGUUCGCUCAUAAGGAAGGAUUGUCAUCGUUGUUAGCCUGAGGACCAUGAGAUUGUGGUUCCCAUCAGCAUUGUGUGCCUGAACUCUCCAGAGCAGCAUGGGCAGUCGGCCCAGUAAAGACCGGCGUGGAUCCAGCUCACAUGCUGUUCUCUUGGACACGGAGGAAAGCACUGACCUGCUGACCAUGGACAGUGGUAGAUUUGUGGUGGUGUCCCUGUACGACUAUCCGUCCAGAGGUCCGGGUGACUGCGCCAUCCGAGUGGGAGAGAGGCUCAACAUUUUGUCAGAUGAGGGAGAGUGGUGGAAAGUCAGUUCAUCAGCCACAGGAAAUGAGAGCUACAUCCCCAGCAAUUACACCGCCAAAGUGUACAACAGGUGGCAGUUUGUGGGUCUCAGUAAACCGAAAGCAGAGGAACUGCUGAUGCUCCCCCAUAAUCAGCCUGGCUCCUUCCUCAUCAGAGAGAGUGAGACCUACCCAGGUAACCACACUCUGUCAGUGCGUAAGAGCAGCUCGCAGGAGCGCGCUUCUGUCAAACACUACCGUAUCAGCUGCAUUGAGAACGGCUGGGUCUACAUCUCUCCCAGACUCACCUUCAGGACCCUCUCAGACCUGGUCACACAUUAUUCAGAAGUUUCGGACGGGCUGUGCUGUACUCUGGGGGAGCCGUGCUACAUCAUUGGAUCCAACAAUGUUCCAGUGGUCACCGGCCCGCCUCCGGUUGCCGUGAAGAGGCCCACUAUAAACUGGAAAGACGUGAAUAGCUCCAUGAUCUUCGGGCAGAGUAAAGACAGUGCGGAGAACUCUCUAGUGAGCGAAGGACUGAAGGAGGCCAUUAACUCGUACCUCUACAUGACGGAGGAAUGUGAGGACUGCUGUCAGCUCUGGGACACAUGAGUGGAAGACCAUCAUGAGACUUGACGAGUGUUUGAAUGACGUUGGACUCUUGAUGCUGUGAUAUGGGAUGAACACUUUACAGAAACGAAAAAUGAAUCAAAAUGCAUCGAAGCAUCUAUUUUCAUUCGUGUAUUUCUGCGUAAAAACUUUAAGAGUGAAAGCGGUGUCGGAUGAAGUUCCCGGACGCGCGCACUGACUCAUUGCUGUUCUUCCAGAGUGGGUGCUGGAGACAAAGAUGUCACAGUUUCCUGUGUGGACGCGCUCCUGGCGGACAUGAAAGAGAAAACGACUGAAGGAAAGAACGACAGAGAGGUGUGUGAGUGGGAGGGGGAACACAACUGGGUGGCGCACACAUCCAUUUCCACUCCACUCACACUUUCUGGAACUUUAUCAGUGUCGUGCUUAUUACAAAUAUGAUCACAAUCAGAGAAUGAUACGUCACAAGAAGCACAAAGAAGCUUUAGCAAUGGUAUCCGAGAGUUUGAUGUCAUUUUUUGUUGAAAAUGCCAAACAAAAUACAUAUUUAUGACUUAUGACACAAAUGUUGUGAAUCUUUGUAAAUAUAUAUAUAUAUGGUCGCUUAAAGAGAUAGUAAAGACCCAAAAAAUGAAAACUGUCAUU